GCCAAUCGCCGCGGCUGUUGUUGGGAGGUGGCAGGGGUGACAUUGGGGGUGGCGGGAGGUUGAGGUGGGGCCGCCAUCAUGUUGGCGUCGCUGGGGCGCUCGGCGGGGCGGCUGCUGCGGGCCGGGAACGGCGCCGCCGCCGUCGGGCUGCGGUACGCUGGCGGCGGGGUGCACAUCCAGCCGCGGUACCGGCAGUUCCCGGAGCUGACGCGGGCGCAGGUGAUCCGGAGCGAACUCCUCAGCGGCUUCAUGUGGUUCUGGAUCCUCUGGCACUUCUGGCACAGCUCGGACAUGGUGCUGGGCCACUUCCCCUACCCGGACCCUGCGGCCUGGACAGACGAGGAGCUCGGGAUCCCUCCGGACGACGCGGAGUAGGCGCCUCCAGCCGCGGGUGCCGGCAGCACAGUGGUCCCUGGAACUAAAGAGGUCCCUGGAACUAAAGCUUUGGCUCCUUGGCCUUUAUUUCAAUAAAAGUUGACUGUAAACAACA